GGCGGCGGCGGGCGGGGAAGGCGGGCGGAGAGCCGGGAAGGCGGGCGGAGAGCGGGGAAGGCGGGCGGCGGCCGCGGACACGUGCAGGAUGUCCUUCAAGAAAGAAACUCCACUUGCCAACGCUGCAUUCUGGGCAGCGAGGAGGGGAAACCUGGCCCUGCUGAAACUGCUGUUGAACAGUGGUCGAGUGGAUGUGGACUGCAGAGACAGUCAUGGCACCACACUCCUCAUGGUCGCCUCCUACGCUGGCCACAUAGACUGUGUGAGGGAGCUGGUUCUACAGGGAGCGGACAUCAACCUCCAGAGAGAGUCAGGUACAACUGCCCUGUUCUUUGCUGCCCAGCAAGGCCACAAUGAUGUCGUGAGAUUUCUCUUCGGAUUUGGAGCAUCCACUGAACAUAGGACCAAAGACGGGGGCACUGCCCUGUUGGCUGCCAGUCAGUAUGGGCACAUGCCAGUGGUGGAGACCUUGCUGAAGCACGGGGCCAACAUCCAUGACCAACUGUAUGAUGGAGCCACUGCCCUCUUCCUCGCUGCCCAAGGUGGUUACUUGGAUGUUAUUCGACUACUGCUGUCUUCAGGAGCAAAAGUCAACCAGCCAAGGCAGGAUGGAACUGCGCCGCUGUGGAUCGCAUCCCAGAUGGGCCACAGCGAGGUGGUGCGCGUGAUGCUGCUGAGGGGAGCUGACCGUGACGCUGCACGCAAUGACGGCACUACAGCCUUGCUGAAGGCGGCCAACAAAGGGUACAAUGAUGUCAUAGAGGAGCUGCUCAAAUUCUCACCUACUCUUGGUAUUUUGAAGAAUGGGACGUCGGCUCUGCAUGCAGCAGUGCUCAGCGGAAACACUAAAACAGUUGCGCUGCUCCUGGAAGCCGGGGCAGAUCCGGCCUUGAGAAACAAGGCCAAUGAGCUUCCAGCAGAGCUGACCAAAAAUGAGCGCAUACUGCACCUCCUGAGAAGCAAAGAAGGACCUGGGAAGAACGAAUUUGGAUCCAUCUUAGAUAGAUAGAAAUUUAAGCCAUGUUGUCGGGAAAGAAAUGUUUCUUAACAAGGUUGGAAAUUCUUGAAGAAAGAAUGUCCACCCUGUGGGUUUGUGCAUUGUGCACUAAAUCAAGGAAGGGCUUGGGGUCCACUUCCCCUUACUUACAGUGGGCUUCUCACACUGCCUUGUAACUUGGCCCCCGAGGACAUGGAUAUUCACAGAUUUCACAGAAACUUAUUACGAAUAUGCUAGUGUGAGUCUCUCAGUUAAACUUGGUGUUUGCCAUGGUUUUAGUGCUAAAAAGUGGAGACAAAGGCUUUGUUCUUUAAGAGUCAAAGAUUGACCAUCAAUAAAUCAAUGCAUUUUUGCUUUUGUGUUAAAUGUAGCUAUGCUAAAAUACAUUGCAUCCAUCAAA